AUGUGCUUCUACGAUCAGCAAAUCUUCUCCUGCAACGAUCACAAAUGGGGACGAUUCCGUGCCCACUGUAACAAGGAGUACCGAACCGGCGAAACCUGUGGCAUGAAGUUGAUAUACGAAGCUACUCGCGUCAAUGGCAAGUGCCAGAAUUGCAAGAAGUACGAAGUAACCUGGCGCAAGAUUGUUCAGGCUACUGAGCGAGUGGCCCGAUGGGAAGCCGAAGGAAUCAACCCCGUGUCGACCGAUAAGGAAAGGCUCAACAUUGCCGCGUGGCAAAAGGAGUUGAAGGAUAUGGAGCUUCUGAAGCAAACCAAAAUGCGAACGAUAUAA